AUGAUCAAUCGAUUCCAGAUCCCCUACCUCGAAGAGGUCGGAUACGUCAACCUGCGAUGCGCCUGGGUCCUCGGUUGCCCGGAAGAAAUCCACCCGAUGACGGACAACGACAUGGAUGCCGUCCACGCCGGUCCAUAUUACAUGAAUGGUUUCAAGGAACUCUUUCCCGGAGUCGAGGUGCCGGAUGCUGUCGGAGUCUCGUGCUGCGCGCAGUUUGGAGUGGCCAAGUGGAAGAUCCUGGAGAGGCCAAAGAGUGACUACCAGCGCUACAAGAAGUGGCUGCUCAAGACGGACCUGGACGAUGCUAUGAGUGGCCGGAUCAUGGAAUACUCGUGGCACAUGAUUUUUGGAAUGGAACCAAUCUAUUGCCCCGAUGCUGUAGAGUGCUACUGCAAAGUUUGGGGGUUAUGCAACUUGGAGUGA